AUACAGAGGCACCAUCUCCCUUGACUCUAGAACAUCAGAAACACAUAAGGACCAAAGCCUCUGUCAAUCCAUUGUCAAUCAUGGGGACGAUGGAACUCUGGGCCAAGUUAUGUGUACUAUGGGGAAUGUCAAUUGCUCCUGCCUUGAUGAUAGCCAACCUGAUCCCGAGGACGUUUGCCUCAGGCCCAUUAGGAAAAGAAUUUGCCGUAGCUUUCAUGCAGAACCGCUUGCCACAAACAUCACACGGGGAUUUCACACUGAUGAUCUCAGGCUACGCUCCUGACACAUCUGUCACUAUCUAUAUGAAAUGGCCAGCAUUGCGGGCAGCAACCCGGGUGAAUGACGGUCAAACUCUGUCUGUGAAAAUCCCACGUGAAGCAGAGAUGGUUGGAACCGGUUUAUUUGACAGCACGGUCACUGUCCGGGCUGACAAAGAUAUCUCCAUCCUCUCAGUCAGUAAGAAACCUAACUCAGUGGAUACUACCAUCGUCUAUCCAAUGGCAAGCUUAGGAACUGAGUAUUACGUUGUCACUCCAACUGUAGGUACAGAUCGCUACCGAGAGUUUGCCAUCAUCGCCUGGGAGGAGCCCACAACUGUUGACGUCUACCUGAAAGGGUCUGUGACAUUUCAGGGGAAAACAUAUCCCCAUGACAGCAAGAUCUCUAUUGCCCUCCGUCCUUACCAAGCUGUGCAGCUACAAAGCGAGGUGGAUGUCUCCGGUACAAGAAUCGUCUCUCAGAAACCAGUGGCUGUCUACAGUGGGCACACAUGUGUCUCUAGACUGAUCCACUGUGAUCAUGUUUUUGAGCAGUUGUUGCCUGUUUCUAACUGGGGUACCAACUUCAUAGUCCCCUCUCUUCCCUUUGACACAGAGCAUGACAUAGUGUAUGUUUCCACUUCCCAGAAAACUCAUGUUGACACCCAAACUGGGGCAAGCAAGAGCAGCCGAAACUUACCUGCUGCUCGAGCACACUUGUACGGCAUUCAAGGCUCAACCGCCAUGUCCCUCUCAGCUAGCUCAGGCAUUCAAGUUACCUUCUUCAGUGAUGGUGGCACUCAUGGCAGCCUCCGCUAUGACCCUUUUUUCAUGGCAAUCCCUCCAGUCUCUAGUUACUGCCAGGCCUACAACAUCUAUGGACAGGACCAAUUUGAGAACUAUGCUCUGAUCAUUGCCAAAUCAUCAGAGACUUCUGGGAUCACCUUGGACAAGCGACCAUUGAGAAAUCUCCAGUGGAAUCCAGUUCCUGGCACUGAAUUCUCUUGGGCAGCUCACAGCUUAGGCAGCAGAUACACAGUCCAUGUAGUGGAGCACCCCACCUCCCUCUUUGGGCUCCUGAGUGUUGGAGUUGGAAAUGAGAAAGCAUACGGCUCCCCAGCCGUUUGUGCAAAAGAUCCCUGCAAAACACUGCAAUGCCGAACGAAGGAAACAUGCAAAGUUCAGAAUGGUCAAGCAAACUGUGUCUAUGAGUACAUGGGGACCUGUCAGGGCUCCACAUCCCAAGAUGUCCGGACUUUUGAUGGCCUCAUCGUAGACCUCCAAGAUCCUUGCACCUACACCCUUGUGAAGUCCUGCAGUAGUGACCCCCAUCUUGUACCUUUCACGGUUGAAGAGAAGAGCAACCAGAUGGACCACAAAGCCUCCUCGAAGAUGCAGCUAACCCAUAUCAGUGUGUAUGAUUACAACAUCACCAUUAGCAAGGGAGAAGAUGCCCAGAUCAUGGUAAAUGGUGCAGCAGCCAGUCUCCCUGCCAGCCUGCAAGAUGGAAGAAUCAAAAUCUUUGAGAACAACGGACAGCCCAUCUUUGAAACAGAUUUUGGCCUCCGGGUGAUGCUUGACAAUGAUUUCACAGUAGUGCUGACUCUCCCAAGUAGCUACUACGGAGCCACCUGCGGCUUGUGUGGGAAUUUCAAUGAAAACAGAGAUGACGACAUGACCUAUCCUAAUGGCACUGAAGCUUCUUCGUCCGUUAUGGAUUGGGCCAAGAGCUGGAAAGUCCUGGAUCAGGACCCUGCCUGCUCAGGCGCCUGCCAAGGACCUUGCCCUGCCUGUGACGAGGGCCAGAAGGAGCUGUACGGCCAUGCAAUGUAUUGCGGCGUGAUCAGCCAGCUUUCUGGAGGACCCUUCAGAGAGUGCCACUCCACAGUGAGCCCCUCAGGGUACUUUGAUGACUGUGUCCAUGAAAUGUGUCUAAACAGUGGGGACAAAGAUAUCUUGUGCCGAAUGGUGGAGGCCUAUGCCACUGCCUGCCAGGAACAGGGCAUCACUACAGUGGAUUGGAGAACAGCAUCGGACUGUGAAAUGGUGUCUCCUGUCCACCGGACAAAUGAGACCCUCAUUCCAGUGGUCCACACCUGCCCUGACAACAGUCACUACGAGUCCUGUGGAAGUGCCUGCCCAGCUACCUGUUCUGACCAAUCAGCUCAUUCCACCUGCAAAUUGCCCUGUACAGAGACCUGUCAGUGUGACGACGGCUACGUCCUCCACGACAACAAGUGCAUCUCCAUAGAGAGCUGCGGCUGCAUCUCCAGCAGCACCCACUACACGCCUGGGGAGGAGUUCUGGGCUGAUGAGAACUGCCAGUCUCGUUGCAAGUGUGAUCCUAACCUGGGAAGAGUGAAGUGUUGGAAAGCCAGUUGCAAAGCCAGUGAGAAAUGCACCCUGGUGGAAGGCGUGCGCCGCUGCAAGAGAACAACUUACUCCACCUGCGUAGGAACUGGAGACCCUCACUACACCACUUUUGAUGGAAGGAAGUAUGACUUCCAAGGUAGUUGUGUUUAUCAGAUGGCAGCAGUCUGCUCCCAGGACCCCACCCUCACUCCCUUUUUGGUCACUGUAGAGAACAACCACCGAGGCAACAAGGCUGUGUCCUUCACCAAAGUCGUGACCUUGGAAGUCUACAACAUGACCAUCAGCCUGAGCCAAGACCAUCCACGCAAGAUUGAGGUCAACGGAGUCUUUGUAGACCUGCCCUUCUCCUAUGAAAAUAAGCUGAAGGUCUACAUCAGUGGAGUCCACGGCUUCAUCAAAACAGACUUCGAUAUGAGAGUCAGCUUCGACUGGUACAGCUACGCCAGGGUCAUCAUACCGAACACUUAUGCCAACAACAUCUGUGGGCUCUGUGGCAAUGCCAAUCAGGAUCCCAGCGAUGACUUCGCCAUGAAGGAUGGAACUCAGGCAAAGGAUGAAAUCCAAUUUGCAGAGAGCUGGAAAGUGAAGGAUGUCCCAGGAUGUUCAGCAGGAUGUACCAGCAACUGCCAAGUGUGCAAGGAGGCUGACAAGCAAUCUUAUAAGAGUAACAAGUAUUGUGGGGUCCUAAUUCGAAAUGAUGGACCAUUCAGGCAGUGCCAUGAAGCCAUUGACCCAACGUCUUUCUUUGAUGACUGCAUCUUUGACACUUGCCUGUACAAGGGUCACCAUGAUACACUGUGCAGUGCCAUCAGUGCCUAUGUGACAGCCUGCCAAGCUCAGGGAAUCCAGGUUGGGCAAUGGAGAUCAGCUUCUUUCUGCAGUCCUCCCUGCCCACAGAACUCCCACUAUGAGCUCUGUGGGAAUGGCUGCCCCACCACUUGCCAUGACCUCUUAGCACCAGAAACAUGCGAGGAUUUGUGCGUAGAAGGCUGCUUUUGUGACUCUGGAUUCGUCCUCAGUGGGGAUCAGUGCGUCCCUCUUGCAGAGUGUGGCUGUGUGCACCGCAGCAGAUACUACAAGAGGGGAGAGGACUUCUACCCUGACUCCUCCUGCCAGGAGAAGUGUCGCUGCACAGACUAUGGAGCUGUUGAAUGUGAAAAGUUCUCCUGUGGGUCACAUGAGGAAUGCAGGGUGGAAAAUGGCAUCCAAGGCUGCCACCCAGUGGGAUAUGGAACAGCUAUAGCAUCUGGCGACCCUCAUUACAUUUCCUUUGAUGGGCAAAGUUUUGAUUUCCAUGGUUCCUGCACUUACACCUUAGCCAAGGUGUGCAGUGAGGAUCCUCAGCUAGAGAGCUUCUCAGUACUGGUGGAGAACGAGAAAGCCAAGGACAGCCCAGCAGUCCUCACAAAGAGUGUUGUAGUUUCCAUUCAUGGGUACACUGUUGUCCUUGAGAGAGGAAUGAAAUGGAAGGCAAUGGUAGAUGGAGAGCUACACACACUGCCAAUGAAAAGGGAUGAGGGGAAAUUCUGGAUUACCCAGGAGGGGAACAAUAUUAUUAUCCAGUCUUCCACUGGCUUCACAAUACUUUACGACACUCUCUCUUUUGUCCGUGUAUCUGUCCCCAGUACUUACCAAGGACAGAUGUGUGGUCUGGCCGGCAACUUCAACAGUAACACAAAUGACGAUUUCAUGCUCCCUAAUGGAAAAAUUGCUCAAAGUGUGGUUGACUUUGGGGCAUCUUGGAAGGUACCUGUGGAUGACGUCAGUUGCUCUGAUGGCUGCGGUGAGCAAUGCCCCUCCUGUGAUGCUACCAAGAUUCCACAAUGUGAGACUUCCUGUGGAAUCCUCCAAUCACAAUUGGGUCCAUUCAGAGACUGUCACUCCUUGGUCAACCCUGAUGUGUACUUCAGUCACUGUGUAUAUGACUUAUGUGCAGCCAAUGGAACUGAAGAAGCCCUCUGUCGUAGCCUCCAGGCCUAUGCAGCAGUAUGCCAAAUGAGGGGAGCCCAGAUCAAAACCUGGAGAACAACUUCCUUUUGUCCUCUCUCUUGCCCAGCCAACAGCCACUAUGAGCUAUGCACCCGAUCCUGUGAUUAUACCUGUGCUGCAUUAUCAGCUCCGUCUCAGUGCACCGGUGACUGCUUCGAAGGGUGCCAGUGUGAUCCUGGCUAUGUGUUUGAUGGGGAGGAAUGCGUCUCCCUGGACAAGUGUGGCUGUUCAUACGAUGGGCGCUACAUCAAGGCUGGAGAGACCAUCCUCUCCAGCAACUGUUCAGAGAAGUGUACCUGUCACCCCUCAAGCCAACUCAUCUGUCAGAAGACCAGCUGUGGCGUGGGAGAGAUCUGUGCCCUCGCUGGCAAAGUGCGCAGCUGUAUCAAGCUGGAAGGUCAAUGCUCGCUCACACCCGGAGCCUGGCUCACCUCUUUUGAUGGUGCCAGAGGCAAACUCCUCUCCAUGGGGGUCUACAAGCUAGCCUCCUAUUGCGAUGAGAACUCCCCCUCCUGGUUCAAGGUGGUGGUGGAUGUCAGUGAAUGCAACGAGGACAGUGUGCCAGGUGGCACCGCCAUCUAUGUCUUCUUCCGGGAAGCGUUCAUCACAGUGACCAACCACAUGGAGACUUGGGUCAACGGGCUUCUAGUGCAGCUCCCACUGAAUGUCUCUGAAGCCAUAUCCAUCACCCAGUCUCAAGACACCAUUGUCAUCCACCAGAGGUCCAGGAUGCAAAUCUUUUUCAGUCCCAACGGCAAAGUAUUGGUGAGAGUCAAUGACAGCCUAGCAGGAAAGAUGUGUGCUCCUUGUGGGAACUUCAACAGAGACAUCACUGAUGACUUCAGGCUACCCAGUGGUCAGAUCGCAGGUGACGUUGCAGAGGUCAUGGAUGCCUGGAAGGCCAGAGACUUCUCAGAGUGUUAUUAACAAUCAGAAAGCCAGAUACUUCUUAAAAUUGGUAAGUAAUUCUUCAGAUUGCUACAGUUUUUAUAAGACCAUGUCUUGACAUGAUUCCC